CUUUAAUUCACCAAACCAUCUAAUCUCUCACUUCGAUCAAUCUCCAUUUAUCAAUCUCUUCUUAGUUUCCUUUCAUUUCUUCAAUAGAGUGAGUGAACACUAUGGAUAUGAUGUGUCAACUCAAAUUCCAAAAUAUAUCAACACUAACUCAAGGGAUGAAAACUAAUAACUCCAAUCUGAUUAAAUUCACUCAAUUACUCAUUUCAAUAUCAUUGUUGUCCUUCAUCUUUUCACCUUCUUCAUUGUUUGUUUUUCUCCAUUACUUCAAAUUCUAUUUCUCUACUCUACCUUUUCAACUCUUUACUCAUAACAUAGACAAGAACAGCAUGUUUCUCCUUUGUAAUGGCCUCCUUGUUUUUGUCGGUUUAACUAAAUCUUUCUCCGCCUCUUCUAGUGAUGACGAUAAAUCUUCUGAUAGCUCAGAUGAUUUACCAUCAUCAAAGUAUAUUGAAGAAGAAGACAAAGAAGAUGAUUGUUCACAAUCUCAUGUCCUUGAUGUUGAAGCCAAUGAUACAAUGUUGGUUAGAGAAGAUGAGAAGAUAACUAGUGAACCGGAUGAACAAAAUGCUGCAGCAGAGGAAGAAGUAGAAGAAAAUAUUGAAAAUAUAAUACUUAUAGAUGAAGAACAAGGAGAAGAGAUGAAUGAUGUAGAAGAAGAAGUUGAACUAUUUGAUGCAAAUAAUAAUGAAGAGGGAGAUAUAGGGUCAGAAAAUGAUUACAUUCUAAUUCAAGAAAUCAACAUAGAAGAAGAAGAAGAAGAAGAAGAAGAAGAAGAAGAAGAAGAAGAAGAAGAAGAAGAAGAAGAAGAAGAAGAAGAAGAAGAAGAAGAAGAAGAAGAAGAAGAAGAAGAAGAAGAAGAAGAAAGUUGUAUAAGCACAGAGGAGCUAAACAAAAAAUUUGAAGAUUUUAUUAGAAAGAUGAAAGAAGAUUUAAGAAUUGAUGCUAGACAGCAUUUAGUCAAUGGUUUGAUUUAAGUAACAUCAUCAACCAUAGGAUCUUCUUGAACUUUAGUUGUAUUCAUCCCUUAUAUUUUGCAAUACUAUUUCUCUGAAAUUUCCACCAUGUCAACAAAGAGCAAAUUUGCAUGCCAAAAUGACUGAACAGUGGCCUCCAGCUUUUUGUAGGAUUAAUUAACCAUUGCCCAA